UAAGAGUGUAUUAUUCUGGUCAGAUUGAGACCGUGGUGUACACCAAGGAUAGAAUCUAAAGCAUGCCUUCUCUCCAGUCCCUGGAUCAUGCGUUGAAUGAGCAGGGAUUAUAUAUAUAGUGUGUAUGCUUUAUAAAUAUAUCGUAUAAAAGUUUUCAAAUCACAAAUUGUCACACUUAGAAAUAUGAAUUAUGUGCACAUUUUGAUUUUAUAAAGUUAAUAAUAUUGUGAACUGUUAAUGCAGCACGGCUUGUUCCAUGGAGUAUUGCUGUUAAUAAUUGAAUAUUGCUGUUUACCAAUCUUUCCUCAAAGAUUAUGUAUAGAGAUUCUAGUGGAUAACUCUAAUAAAGUAUGGACACUACCCAACAAAGAUCAAUUACAUUCUCAUGGUCAUUACAGUUACCGAUUCUUUAAUAUUGCUUGACUGGUAAAGGGAAUUGAAUCUAAUCUUGGGCCAGUGUGCUCUUUGGUGUUUUUUAAUACAUCAACCUCCGGGGCUUUGUAAACAAGAUACAGACAAUAAGACAAGGUGUUUUACAAGACAAGAUACAGACAAAAAGACAAGGUGUUUUAUAAAACAAGAUACAGACAAUAAGACACGAUACCGCCAAUAAGACAAGAUACAGACAAUAAGAUACGGUGUUUUAUAAAACAAGAUACAGCCAAUAAGACAAGGUGUUUUACAAAACAAGAUACAGACCAUAAGACACGGUGUUUUAUAAAACAAGAUACAGACAAUAAGACAAGAUACAGACAAUAAGACGAGGUGUUUUACAAAACAAGAUACAGACAAUAAGACAAGGUGUUUUAUAAAACAAAAUACAGACAAUAAGACAAGAUACAGACAAUAAGACGAGGUGUUUUACAAAACAGGAUACAGACCAUAAAACAUGGUGUUUUAUAAAACAAGAUACAGACAAUAAGACAUGGUGUUUUAUAAAACAAAAUACAGACAAUAAGAUACGGUGUGUGUUACAAAACAAGAUACAGACAAUAAGAUACGGUGUUUUAUAAAACAAGAUACAGCCAAUAAGACAAGAUACAGACAAAAAGACACAGUGUUUAACAAAACAAGAUACAGACCAUAAGACAUGGUUUGUUACAAAACAAGAUACAGACAUUAAGAUACGGUGUUUUUCAAGACAAGAUACGGACAAUAAGAUACAGUGUUUUACAGACAAUAAGAUACGGAGGCCUACAAAACACCACUACCACCAUGAGCAAGAAGAAGAUAAACCAUUUUAUAUUCAUCCUCGGCCUCUCUCUAGGAAUAUGUUUAAGUAUUAUAUAUUUCUCACAGUCCACGACAAGUAUCAUGCCCCGGAUGAUACCUGACCAGUUGAGUGUACGAUCAACACCACGUGCAGCUGUUGUAAAAAACACGAUCAAUAACAUAGUAGCAGAGACCAUAAACCACGACAUCGUGGCUAAAUUUAAAGGACCAACUGUCCAGCCAAUAGUUGGGACCAAUGAAGCUUUGAAACUGGAAAAAGAAGUUCGUGUUUUAUGCUGGAUAAUGACGUCACCGAAAACCUUAAAUUGGAAAUGUGAUGCGGUGAAGAAAACGUGGGGUAAGAGAUGCAACAAGGUCCUUUACUUCAGUUCCAAGACCGAUGACAACUUUCCCGCCAUUGGAUUAAAUGUUUCUGAGGGUCGUGAACAUCUUACCGAAAAAACAAUGAUGGCGUUCACGUACAUUUAUCGCAACCAUUUUAAUGACGCUGAUUGGUUCAUGAAAGCCGAUGACGACACUUACGUCAUUGUGGAAAAUCUUCGAUAUUUUUUAUCGACGAAGAAUUCCAGCCUUCCGGUAUAUUAUGGACAUUGGUUCAAGCCAUACAUCAAACAAGGAUAUUAUAGCGGUGGUGCUGGUUAUGUUCUAAGUAAAGAAGCCCUGAGAAGAUUUGGUAAAUUCAGCAACAAAUCGUGUGUAAAGGAGGGAAAAUUCGAAGAUUUAGAUUUUGGAAAAUGUAUGGAAGCGCUUCGAGUUAAAACCGGAAGUUCUCAUGAUGAUCUUGGCAGAAGUAGAUUUCAUUAUAGUAAGCCGGGUGACAUGUUGCACCGGAUAUUCCCGUCUUGGUAUUUAGAAUAUGAUAAAUAUGGUGGUAAAAAGAAUACCAUGAGUGACUACCCCGUCUCCUUCCAUUAUAUGACACCUAAGGCUAUGUUCACGAUGGAAUAUUAUGUCUAUCAUUUGAAACCGUAUGGUAUACCCAGCAAAUGAAAGCUGAACUGACUCAUGGCAUAACCAGCAAAUUAAAGCGGAGUGGACUUACUGUAUCGUCUCCAAAUGAAAGCUGGACUGACUUAAGGUAUACCCAACAAAUUAAAGCUGGACUGACUUACGGUAUUCCCAACAAAUUAAAGCUGGACUGACUUACGAUAUCCCCAACAAAUUAAAGUUGAACCUACUCACGGUAUCCCCAACAAAUGAAAAUCUUUUGUUUUUAUCUCUUCUGAAGGUGAAUGUGGUCAAAUAGAACAGGAACAAUUUUGUAAAAAAAAAAACAAUUUGUGGGAAGAAAUAAAAUAUUUGAAGAAU